AUGGACGGAGCGGGUGGCUGCUCCUCUCAUCCCCGGGGCUGUGAUGGGUGUUGUAUGGGAGCGGAGAGCGGGCUGAGGGAGACUGUGCAGGAGAUGGACUUCCAGAGAGGAAUUUGGUCUGCCGCUCUGGAUGGAGACUUGGACCGUGUCCAGCGCUUUAUUCAUAAGGGAACAGAUCCUAACCUGACUGAUCACUUUGGCUACACAGCACUGCACUAUUGCUGCCGAAAUGGCCAUUUGCCUGUGUGUAGCUUUCUUUUGAGUGUUGGAGCUGAAUGCAAUGCUCAGACACAUGGAGGCAGCACAGCUCUACACCGGGCAGCAUACUGCGGUCACCUCCCUGUUGUCCAGCUAUUGCUGAAAUAUGGAGCAGACCCCUUCAAGAAAGACUCAGAUGGGAGGACUGUUCUCCACAAGGUAAACGCAGCGGAAACAAAUUAA